GAGCCCGCACGCCUGGGGAGUCCUGACCCGGCGGGAGGAGCCGGGUCGCCUUGCUCCCCAGCCUCCCGGAGGCCCCUCCGCGACGGGCCGGCGCCCCCUUCCCCACAUCUGGGGCGGAGGCCGGCUUCCCGGCCUGGCCAGCGGGGCGAGCGCCCAGGCUGCCAGGCUCGGUCCCCGUUGGGAGCUCUCGUCCCCGCUCGCCGCCUCCGGCCCGGGAUCCCCUCCUCGCGGCGCCUGUGGGCUUGUCCGGGCGCCUUCGGUGCGCGGAGCGUCGUGCGGCGCCUCUCGGGGCCCGGCAAGCCCUCGGGCUGGGGGUGCGCGAAGGGCCCCGCAGGGCGGUGUGCCCGGGCCCGGGCCCCCAGCUGGGCUGAAUGAUUGAGGGCACGAACAGGUGCGUGUUCUGGGGGAGGUUAAACGGCAAAUGAUGAAGUGCUGGGCUUGGAGGUUGGGGCGAGGAACAAGGUAAGAGGACGGAGGCUGGGGAAGGUUCCUUGGAUGAAGAUUAUCCCCAUGUAUUGGGCAGCGUCGGACCUUGUGCUGGGAGCUGGUGAUACAGGGCGAAAGGGACAAAGAGGGUCGCUGCCUUCCAGCUCCUGGUCCAGAAGGUGGAGGCAGACAGCGGGUAACCUGGCAAUUGCACCAGAGUGGUCAGAGGCGGCUGGGGGCGGCACGGGGCAUUGUGCGUGUCGUGGUGGGGCACAGAGCAGAUGAGCGUCCCUGGCUCCCUGAAGAAGGUGGGUCCAGCCUAAGCCCAGAGAGGCGAGGAGGCUUUGGUGACACCGAGCUGUUGCAGGCAGAGAGGUGAGGAAAGGCCUGGGGUACAGAGGUGAGCAGGCUCGUCUUUUCCCGUUGAGGUUUUGAAUCCCAAGGGCAAUGGGGAAACUUUUUGAGGGGAGGGUUUAAGCAGGGGAGUGACACGACUUCAUUUAUAUUUUUGAAAGAUGCCCCUGGGUGCCCUGUGGGAGGCGGUGGGGAGACUGAGACCAGGGGGAGGGCCAGGAUCAGGGCCUUGGCUGCAGGAUGCGACCAGCGGGUGAGCCUGAGAGAUAUUUAGGAGAAGGAGUUGGCAGGAUUUGGCGGUGCGAGCGCGACCAGCGGGUGAGCCUGAGAGAUAUUUAGGAGAAGGAGUUGGCAGGAUUUGGCGGUGGGAGCUUGGUCUUGAAGGAUCUGCUGACUUUUUUCUGACGAAGGUGAGGCAGGGAGUGGCAGUUAACCAGUGGGUGUUAGGAAAGGAGUGCCCUGGGUGGCGUGGCGCUGUGUGUUCUUCUAGGAGACGAGGGCACAGGGGCAGGGUGCAGCUGGGACACCAAAGCCCCUGGGUACCGAGAGGAGGAGGCAGGGCCUUUUUUGGCCAGUGAUGGAGCCAUGAAGUGUUACCAUGGAGGAGUAUAUAUACCAUGGCCCUUGCAGUGUUUGGGCACCAGGGUGGGCACAGAGGUCAUUCUGAAUGUUGACCACCCUCCCCCCAACCCUUCAAGGUCAGGAGCUGCAGGAUCUGGCUCCAGGUGACCUGCAGGGUGAGUCUGGGCCCUGGAGGGCAGGUGCUGAUGACAGGGGCUUCUCCCUCUCUCCACAGGGCCGGAGCAGUGCUCCCUCAGCAGUGCUCCCUCAGCAUGGGGCUGGAGGCCCAGAGGCUGCCAGGGGCGGAGGAGGCCCCUGUGAGAGUGGCCCUGCGAGUCCGCCCACUGCUGCCCAAAGAGCUGCUGCACGGGCAUCAGAGCUGCCUGCAGGUGGAGCCAGAGCAGGGCCGGGUCACCCUGGGCCGCGACCGCCACUUUGGCUUCCAUGUGGUGCUGGCCGAGAACACUGGGCAGGAAGCCGUGUACCAGGCAUGUGUACAGCCCCUCCUCGAGGCUUUCUUUGAGGGCUUCAAUGCCACCGUCUUUGCCUACGGUCAGACGGGCUCCGGGAAGACGUACACCAUGGGGGAGGCCAGUGUGGCGUCCCUCCACGAGGAUGAGCAGGGCAUCAUCCCGAGGGCCAUGGCCGAGGCCUUCAAGCUCAUUGAUGAGAACGACCUGCUCGACUGUCUGGUGCACGUGUCCUACCUGGAAGUGUACAAGGAGGAGUUCCGCGACCUGCUUGAGGUGGGCACGGCCAGCCGUGACAUCCAGCUUCGCGAAGAUGAGCGUGGCAAUGUCGUGCUGUGUGGGGUGAAGGAGGUGGACGUGGAGGGCCUGGACGAGGUGCUGAGCGUCCUGGAGAUGGGCAACGCGGCCCGGCACACGGGGGCCACGCACCUCAACCGCCUGUCCAGCCGCUCGCACACGGUCUUCACCGUGACCCUGGAGCAGCGGGGGCGUGCCCCCAGCCGCCUGCCGCGCCCCGCCGCGGGCCAGCUGCUCGUCUCCAAGUUCCACUUCGUGGACCUGGCGGGCUCAGAGAGGGUGCUCAAGACGGGCAGCACGGGCGAGCGGCUCAAGGAGAGCAUCCAGAUCAACAGCAGCCUCCUGGCGCUGGGCAACGUCAUCAGCGCCCUGGGGGACCCCCAGCGCCGAGGCAGCCACAUUCCCUACCGUGACUCCAAGAUCACCCGGAUCCUCAAGGACUCGCUGGGCGGGAACGCCAAGACGGUGAUGAUCGCCUGCGUCAGCCCCUCCUCCUGCGACUUCGACGAGACCCUCAACACCCUCAACUACGCCAGCCGCGCCCAGAACAUCCGCAACCGCGCCACGGUCAACUGGCGGCCCGAGGCCGAGCGGGCGCCCGACGAGGCGGCGGCCGGCGCCCGGGGGCCCCCGCGCCACCGCUCCGAGACGCGCAUCAUCCACCGCGGCCGGCGCGCCCCGGGCCGGGCCGCCUCCGCCGCCGCGCGCCUGGGCGCCGAGUGCGCGCGCUACCGGGCCUGCACCGACGCCGCCUACAGCCUCCUGCGCGAGCUGCAGGCCGAGCCCGGGCUGCCCGGCGACGCCGCCCGCAGGGUGCGCGACUGGCUGUGCGCCGUCGAGGGCGAGCGCAGCGCCCUGAGCUCCGCCUCCGGGCCCGACAGUGGCAUCGAGAGCGCCUCCGCCGAGGACCAGGCGGCGCGGGAGCCUGGCGGGAGAAAGGAAGAUGAGGGGGCGCAGCAGCUGCUGAGCCUGCAGAGUCAGGUGGCCCGGCUGGAGGAGGAGAACCGCGACUUCCUGGCUGCGCUGGAGGACGCCAUGGAGCAGUACAAACUGCAGAGUGACCGGCUGCGGGAGCAGCAGGAGGAGAUGGUGGAGCUGCGGCUGCGGCUAGAGCUGGUGCGGCCUGGCUGGGGGCCCCCAGGGCUCCUGCAGGGCCUGUCCCCUGGGUCCUUUGUACCUCGGCCUCACACAGCCCCCUUGGGGGGUGCCCACGCCCAUGUCCUGGGCAUGGUGCCUCCUGCCUGCCUCCCUGGGGAUGAAGGUGGCCCCGAGCAGUGGGGAGAGCAGGUGACAAAUGGCAGGGAGGCUGGAGCUGAGUUGCUGGCUGAGGUGGACAGGCUGGAAAGUGGCUCUUCAGCUGCAUCAGCAGAGGACGACGAGGAGGAGGAGGAGCUGCCCAGACAGACCUUGCCCCUGCGCAGAAAUGGAAUCGGCAACUGGAGUCAGAAGGUGGGGUCCCGCCCAGGGAGUCCGCCAGACAGGAAGGGCCCAGAGCUUCGCCUUGAAGAGCUGGAUGCGGCUAUCCUGGGGCCCAGAGUGGCUGGUGGGAGCAAGGCCCUGGUUCAGACCCGCCGGGCCCCCGCUGCCGCGGCCUCGGAGUGGCGGCUGGCCCAGGCCCAGCAGAAGAUCCGGGAGCUGGCCAUCAACAUCCGCAUGAAGGAGGAGCUCAUUGGCGAGCUGGUCCGCACAGGGAAGGCGGCGCAGGCCCUGAACCGCCAGCACAGCCAGCGCAUCCGGGAGCUGGAGCAGGAGGCGGAGCGGGUGCGGGCCGAGCUGAGUGAAGGCCAGAGGCAGCUGCGGGAGCUGGAGGGCAGGGAGCCCCAGGACGCCGGGGAGCGGUCUCGGCUCCAGGAGUUCCGUAAGAAGGUUGCUGCAGCCCAGAGCCAGGUGCAGGUGCUGAAGGAAAAGAAGCAGGCGACGGAGCGGCUGGUGUCACUGUCGGCCCAGAGCGAGAAGCGGCUCCAGGAGCUGGAGAGGAACGUGCAGCUCAUGCGGCAGCAGCAGGGGCAGCUGCAGAGGCGGCUUCGGGAGGAAACAGAGCAGAAGCGGCGCCUAGAGACGGAGAUGAACAAGCGGCAGCACCGCGUCAAGGAGCUGGAGCUGAAGCACGAACGGCAGCAAAAGAUCCUAAAAAUCAAGACGGAGGAGAUCGCGGCAUUCCAGAGGAAGCGGCGCAGCGGCAGCAACGGCGCUGUGGUCAGCCUGGAGCAGCAGCAGAAGAUCGAGGAGCAGAAGAAGUGGCUGGACCAGGAGAUGGAGAAGGUGCUGCAGCAGCGGCGGGCGCUGGAGGAGCUGGGGGAGGAGCUGCACAAGCGGGAGGCCAUCCUGGCCAAGAAGGAGGCCCUGAUGCAGGAGAAGACGGGGCUGGAGAGCAAGCGCCUGCGGUCCAGCCAGGCCCUCAACGAGGACAUCGUGCGAGUGUCCAGCCGGCUGGAGCACCUGGAGAAGGAGCUCUCCGCGAAGAGCGGGCAGCUGCGGCAGGGCAGUGCCCAGAGCCAGCAGCAGAUCCGUGGGGAGAUCGACAGCCUCCGCCAGGAGAAGGACUCGCUGCUGAAGCAGCGCCUGGAGAUCGACAGCAAGCUGAAGCAGGGCAGCCUGCUGUCGCCUGAGGAGGAGCGGACACUGUUCCAGUUGGAUGAGGCCAUCGAGGCCCUAGAUGCUGCCAUCGAGUACAAGAACGAAGCCAUCACAUGCCGCCAGCGGGUGCUUCGGGCCUCAGCCUCACUGCUGUCCCAGUGCGAGAUGAACCUCAUGGCCAAGCUCAGCUACCUCUCGUCCUCGGAGACCAGAGCCCUACUCUGCAAGUAUUUUGACAAGGUGGUGACGCUCCGAGAGGAGCAGCACCAGCAGCAGGUCGCCUUCUCGGAGCUGGAGAUGCAGCUGGAGGAGCAGCAGAGGCUGGUGUACUGGCUGGAGGUGGCCCUGGAGCGGCAGCGCCUGGAGAUGGACCGCCAGCUGACCCUGCAGCAGAAGGAGCACGAGCAGAACAUCCAGCUGCUCCUCCAGCAGAGUCGUGACCACCUCGGGGAGGGGUUGGCGGACAGCAAGAGACAAUAUGAGGCCCGGAUUCAAGCUCUGGAGAAGGAACUGGGCCGCCACAUGUGGAUAAACCAGGAACUAAAGCAGAAGCUCAGUGGUGUGACUGCUGCAGGCCAGUGCAGGGGUGGGGAGAAGAGGAGCCUGUGCCUGGAGAGCAGACAAGCCCCUGGGAGUGAAGAGGAGCCGCACCCAGUGCCCGAGCUUCUCUGGCUGUCCCCCCUUGCUGAGGGGGCCCCCCGCACCCGGGAGGAGAUGCGGGACUUGGUCCAUGCGCCAUUACCUGUGACCUGGAAACGCUCGAGCCUGAGUGGCGAAGAGCAGGGCUCCCCCGAGGAGCUGAGGCAGCGGGAGGCGGCUGAGCCCCUGCUGGGGCGGGUGCUGCCUACGGGCGAGGCAGGCCUGCCCUGGAACUUUGGGCCUCUGCCCAAGCCCCGGCGGGAGCUACGAAGAACCAGCCCAGGGAUGAUUGACGUCCGGAGAAACCCCCUGUAGGCCCUGGGGGCAGACCCCGACCUUGGAGGGAGACUCGAUCCUGCUGAAAGGUGCAGUUGCUUGUUUUGCUUCUGUGAAGGACAGUCUUUACCUCACACCCUAAAUGCGGGUCCUCAGCUUCACGCUAAGUGGAGCCAACAAAUUUGGGCCGCAGCCCAAUAGAACUGGACUUUCAUUUUAAACAAUAAUAUGCAAAUUCCUCCCACUACUUCCUUUAAGCUGCACUACCUGAUUGCCACCUUUUGGCUUGUGCAAGAUUUUCAGGACAAUUCUGGUCUCAGGCAUAAGUGUGUGCCCACAGUUCUGGGGUUCAGCCAAAUCUUGUCACAAAAUGGUCAGUGGCAACAGGGUUGUGGUUUCAAUGGUCCUGUGUGUAAAGGGGGAACUGGGAAACUUCUUAGCACAUUUGUAUAAUCUUAAAAAAACAUUUAAUAAUAAACAAUAAUCUCUGUAAGGGAGAAAUGGGA